AUGCCAGCCGAGAAGAUCACAACCAUCUCUCCCUUCACCAACAAACCUGUUGUGGAGCACCAUGGCCCAACAGACGAGGAGUUCCUUCAACUCCCCAAAAAGGCCCAAGCCGCCUAUCUCCAGUGGCGCAAAACAUCCCUCUCCCACCGUCAGGGAAUCGUGAAGAAAGCCCUUCAACUUCUUGAAUCAAAGAAAGAUGCUCUCGGUCAUGAGAUCACAGAGCAAAUGGGCCGCCCAAUCUCAUACACAGCUGGAGAAGUCUCGACCGCCGUCAUGCGAGGCGAAUAUCUUCUCAAGAUCAGCGAUGCUGCGCUGGCAGAUACCCCUGGAGAACCUCAGGAAGGAUUCAAACGUUUCAUCAGAAAGACUCCCGUUGGGCCUGUUCUCAUCCUUUUCGCUUGGAACUACCCAUAUCUCAUCCUUGCCAACUCACUCAUUCCUGCUUUGUUGGCUGGAAACUCGGUCAUCUUGAAGCCUUCGCCACAGACCCCUACGAUCGCAAGCCAUAUUCGGGAGAUCUUCAUUGAAGCCGGAUUGCCCCAGGAUGUGAUCCAGACGUUUCACUGUGGAGACUUCUCCAAGAUCCCACCCUUGAUCCAGUCUCCUGAGAUUCAACUCGUCUGCUUCACCGGCUCUGUUGAAGGCGGCCUUGCCGUUCAAAAGGCCGCAGCAGGUCGUGUAGAUUGCCGCGUGGGCCUGGAACUUGGAGGAAAGGAUCCAGCAUACAUCCGUCCCGACGUCGAUAUUGCCUGGGCAGCAGCAGAAAUCGUCGACGGAGCAAUCUUCAACUCCGGAYAGAGUUGCUGUUCGCUAGAGCGAAUCUACGUCCACGCUUCUAUUCACGAUGAAUUUGUGAAGGCUGUACAGAAGGUUCUUCAAGGUUACAAGGUCGGAGAUCCUUUCCAGAAGGACACGCAGAUUGGACCUGUAGUCAGCAAAGCCGCGCUCAAGAGAAUUCAAUCCCACAUCGACUCUGCCAUUGCAGCAGGAGCGAAAGAUGCUACCCCUGAGAACCCUACAUUCAAGUCUUUCCCCGAAGGAGGAAACUUUAUCCGGCCUACACUCCUUACCAACGUCAAGCAAGACAUGGCUGUGAUGCAGGAGGAGACUUUCGGGCCUGUCAUCCCUGUUCUCGCAGUUCAGUCCGACGAAGAAGCCGUCAAACUCAUGAACGACAGUUCUUUCGGUCUAACAGCGAGCAUCUGGACAAAGGAUGUCACGAAAGGACAUGCCCUUGCAGAGGAUGUUGAAGCUGGGACGGUCUUUGUGAACCGAUGUGAUUACCCUGCUCCGGAUCUCGCGUGGAUCGGAUGGAAGGAGAGUGGAAAGGGGCAGACUUUGAGUGGGUUUGGGUUUGAGCAGUUUGUGAGGCUGAAGAGCUUGCAUUUCAAGGAUUAUCCGGAAGGAAAGUAG